AUGUUUUUACUUGCAGGUCUCAACAUCACCGCCAUAGCAGUAGCGAUUUACGAGUGGCUCAGUCCGUUCGGACUGAAUCCAUGGGGCAGACAACGGUCCAAAAACUUCAGCAUGUCUUCGGCGCUUUGGGUGAUGUGGGGUCUACUAUGUGGCCAUCUAGUAGCAUUUAAGGCACCGAAAAGUUGGCCCAAUAAGUUCCUAAUCAACGUUUGGGGAGGAUUCUCAGUGAUAUUUGUAGCUAGUUAUACUGCCAACAUUGCGGCGUUAAUUGCUGGAUUAUUUUUCCAUAACACCGUCAGCAACUACCAUGAUCGAAGUUUAUUGAGUCAAAAGGUAGGAGCACCAAGAUCAUCAGCCGCUGAAUACUAUGUCCAAAGAGCUAACCAACUUCUUUGGCAACACAUGCACAAAUACUCCCUCGAGAGUAUAGAAGAAGGCGUUAAGCGGUUGCGAAAUGGAUCCUUAGAUAUUCUCAUCGCUGAUACACCUGUUUUGGAUUACUAUAGAGCUACUGACCAUGGCUGCAAAUUGCAAAAAAUUGGUGAUAGACAGUAUAUCAGCCGUAAUAGCGAAAUACUCCAACAACGGCUACAUGGACAUCCUCCAGGAGAAGUGGUACGGAGGUCUGCCGUGUUUCAAGCUAGCGACGGAUAUAGCUCAACCUCGUCCUCUAGGGGUUGCCGCCGUCACGGGGGUUUUCAUCCUGUUGGGGGUGGGCAUUGCCCUUGGAUUGCUCAUCCUGCUCGUCGAACAUCUGUUUUUCCGGUAUACUUUGCCCCUUUUGAGGGAUAA